ACUCCCAGACAACAGCAGCAACAGCAACAGCAACAGCAACAGCAACAGCAACAGCAACAGCAACAGCAACAGCAACAGCAACAACAACAGCAGCAACAGCAGCGGCGGCGGGACGGAAGAUGCCCGGAUCGGAUCACAUUCAGCUCAUACACAUGUAAAAAGACCGAGACCCCAUGGAGAACAGUCAGUACGACUCCUUCCUCUUCUGGAGGCAGCCCAUCCCGGAGCUGGAGCUGUCCGAGCUGGAGGACCUGGACCUGGACCUGGACCUGGUUCUGACCAACAGCCAGCCGGCCAAUGGCAGCCAAGGGAGGGACAAGUCCAAGGUGUGGAGUCCUGAGGACGAGGCGGAGCUGUCGCAGUUCUCGUCCUUUAACUUCUGGAGAGCUCCGAUCGGUGAAGUGGACUCCCUGCUGGCUGAUCUCAACCUGCUCCUCUGAGACCUGAUCCUGGAGAGCCAGAGUCCUCCUGGACCAGGACUUCCUGACCCCGGUCCUCGUCCAGGUGGACUCUGGACCCCUGAAGUGUGCCUGGAUCUGAUGAGUCCCUCACAAAACACUCAUCAGAACCAGCAGGUCUGAGUCCCGUUCACUUCCUGUUUGUGGAUCCAGACCACGUCGGGCCACAUGACAGAACCUCCCCAUCAAAGUCCAGUUCUGGUCCAUGUUUUACACUCCUCUUCAGUGCAGUCAGUCCCUCCUGGUCCCAGACCUGAGACCAGAACCCUGUUGACGUGAUGCUCACCUUUGGUUGGUGCCUUUAUUUUUGCUUUGAUCCCCAGCUGCUGUUUGUUUAUUUAUUGGUGUAUUGAUUUAUUUAUUGAUUUAUUUAUUGGUUGGUUUAUUUAUUCAUGCUGCCGUCAGUGAGCGGGUCUCACCUGUGCGUCCAGACUGCACACCAAUAAAACUAUGAAACCAU